AACUGAUCACUAGAUUAAGAGAUGCGUUAGAAAAUAGGUCGAUUGUGAGAAAAGGACAUGGUGCGCCCAAUUUGGAAAUGGAGGCGAGGCUCACAAAGAAAUUUGAGGCAAUAUUGGAUAAAGUGUCCAACCAGAAACUAGAAACACAAGACAAGGAACAUAAAAUCUUGGCACUGUUAGAAAAUUUGGACGAACCUAAAGAAAAAUCUCUGGAAGAUAAAAUUCUUGAAAAAUUGGAAUCUCUUUCAGUAGCAGCGGGAAAGCCGGGGCAAUCUGAAAAUAUUUGCGGAGUUCAGGAGGACUGGGACGGCCAGGACGAGUGUGACUGGGACGGCCAGGACGAGUGUGACUGGGACGGCCAGGACGAGUGUGACUGGGACGGUGAGGACCAGGAUGACUGGGGCGACCCGUGUCAGGGCGCUUGGGGCGGCCAGGGCCAAGGGUCCUGGGGAACGAGGGCCUAUCGGGGCGCUUGUUUUGCGUGCUACAGCCUCGACCAUAAAAUAGCUCAAUGCCCAAUUAUGCAAAAUUUCCAAAACGAGUAAAAUAUAAAUAGCAUAAGUUUCAGUAAUUCAAGUUGGAGUGAAUUGGCUUUGUUUGGUACACAGGCAAACGUCGUUUUUGUGUCUUGUUUUUAAGGUAAUUUUAAGGAAAAUUGUAAAUUUAAGCUAUUAUUAUGUAAGUCUGGGAUAAGUGGGAGUAAUUUGAGAGCAGCGGCAGAGGCGCUAGAGCUUGAAUUGAAGUGCAACUACAAGGUGAGAUAAAAUUUUCGGAGUACUCAACAAAUUUGGUACGUACAGUGGGCGUGAGUUCUUUCUCUUUUUCUUGAUUGGGAGUCAUUACGCGUACUGGUGCACCUCCACGUGGUGCAGGCA